GAAAUGAUAGUUGAGGCCGGGGAGUUUCUCAUUCACGCUGCUUCUGUAUUUACGUAGGACAGUGGGUCUCCCAGGAAGGAAAGAAUAACCGGACACCGCUGAUGGAAAAGUCCGUGAUGUAAAUCCCCGGCCGGAUGUUUAUUCUGGAAAACAAUGGCUGCCUUGGAAAACUGGUGAUUUCUAUAGGUUUUAUUACUUUUGCGUGCAUGUAACCAAAUCUGGUCAUCCAUUCAUUCCAAGCCUGCUGCACCCUGGACUCAGCACCACAAACCCACUCACUCCACCCUGAGGUCUGCUUUGGAGUCCCGCGGAGAGGAUGGAUACCCGGCUGCUGUUGCUGCUGUGCACCGCCGUUGCCCUGUCGGGGACCCGGAGCCCCGCGGCUGCAGCGGGGAGGAGCUGCGCUGACACCCGGCAGGUGUACUCUGAGAAAGGGUACAGCACCAACACCGCUCCGGUGACUCAGAUCUCCGGUGAGCACCUGCGGCUCUGUCCUCAGGAUUACACCUGCUGCUCCAGUCAGAUGGAGGAGACGCUGUCCCUCCAGAGCGAGAGGGAUUUCCUCAAAGCCAUCGAAGACAACAGCCAGUUCCUUUUGACCACCUUCACCCAGAGACAUCGCAGGUUUGAUGAGUUCUUCAGGGAGCUUACAGACCUUUCUGAGAAGUCUAUGAAUCAGAUGUUUACCAAGACCUACGGCCUGCUCUUCACUCAGAAUGCACACGUCUUCCAGGAGCUGUUUGUGGAGCUCCGCAGAUAUUACUCCGGGGGCAGCGUGAGUCUGGCAGAGGUCCUUUCAGAUUUCUGGUCCAGACUGGUGGAGCGAGUCUUCUCCUUGAUCAACCCCCAGUAUCAGUUCAGCGAGGACUACCUGGAGUGUGUUAGUAAACACGUUGAACAGCUGCAGCCCUUUGGAGAUGUGCCUCGCAAACUUCGAGCACAAGUAUUGAGGGCGUUCAUCGCUGCCCGGGCGCUCUCUCAGGGCUUGGCUACCGGCCGGGAUAUUGUGAACAAGGCCUCAAAGCUGACAGCAGAUUCAGAGUGUGUGCGAGGCCUGAUGCGUCAGUGGUACUGCUCCCUGUGUCGAGGCGUUCCCUCCCUACGGCCCUGCCACUUGCUGUGCCUUAACGUGAUGAAGGGCUGCUUAGCCAAUCAGGCUGACCUGGACACUGAAUGGAACAAUUUCAUUGACGCUCUGUACCUCGUUUCUGAGAAGCUCGAGGGCCCUUUUAACUUCGAGCUGGCCGUGGACUCCAUCUCUGUUAAAGUGUCCGAGGCCAUCAUGCACAUGCAGGAAAACAGCGUCAGCAUCUCCAGUAGGGUCUUCCAAGGGUGUGGAAACCCCAGGCCUGCCCCGGCCCGGUCCAAACGAUCACCCAAAGAAUCAGGAGACAGCCGGAGGCCCUUCCGCACCUACACAGCUGAGGAGAAACCCACCACUGCUGCAGGCACCAACCUGGACCGACUGGUUACCGAGCUGAAGGAGCGACUGCGGCCCAUGCGAGGCUUCUGGGUGUCCCUCCCACACACCAUCUGCAACGACGAGAGGAUGGCAGCCGACGUCACUAACGAGAACCGCUGCUGGAAUGGACAGACCCGCGGGAGGUACCUCCCAGAUGUGACGGGUGACGGGCUCCUCAGCCAGAUCAACAACCCAGAGGUGGAGGUGGACAUCACCCGUCCCGAUGUGAGGAUCAGACAGCUGAUCAUGGAACUGAGGGUGGUGACCAACAAGCUGAGACACGCUUUCAAUGGACAGGACGUGGACUUCAUGGACAGUGAGGAGGGCAGUGGCUCAGGAGGAGGGGACCACGGGGAAAGGUACAGCGAUGACUGGCCAGGUUAUGGGCCUUAUUCCCCACCCUACAGCAAAUCUCCACUCAACCCCGUCUCCAGUCCUGCAAAACCUCCCCGAGGCCGGGACAGAAACGGGUCCAAAUGGAACAAAAACAACGGGCGGGUACGAUCUGCAGCCAAUCUGAACACCUUCACCCCGGUUCUGUUGUUGUUUUUGCCUUUUGAGACCACUGUCGCCCCCAUGUGGAGAUAGCUGCUCUUUACAAUCUGGAGGUUGAGGGAACUUUCUGCCAGGCUGCCGUCCUAAGCACAAAAUGUAAGAAAAAACUAAAUAAGCCAUUCCAUUUGGAUGCACCAGCAAAAAAAGUUAAACAGGCUAAUUUAGCAAUAAUCAAAAACCUUUUUACUGCACUAAAUAAAUCAAAUCAAAAUCCCACCUCCCACUAACUAACACUGAUGAGUAAUAAUACAACCUGAUAAGUACAGCUGUUACUGAAGUGCCAUUUCUGAGAUUUUGACCUAUUGGAGCUUGAUGUGGAAUGUUGUGCUAAGAGCUGAAAGAAUAGUUUUAAAAAAUAAAUAAAUUAGAGGCUUGUUUGCGGGAUUGAGACGGUGGCUAGUCUGAUCUGUGAAGUAGAGAUUAGUCGUGUUGGUUUUUAUUGUGUUGUUUCGGCCACCAGAUGAUUCCAUUUAGGAACAUCUGAUAGCUUCAUCCAUUUUUGUUUGCUGUUUGAUUGUGUUUUUUUUUUUGUCAUCUUGUUUUAGAGACGGUGUACUUCGUUUGGAAGUAAAGUUUAAAAAGUAAAAAAGACACAAGUUUGACUAUUAAAACCAAACAAUGAGCUGAUUUUGAAUGUAAAGGCCUAAACCCAUGUGGGUUGCUUGUAUGUAACAUAUUUAUAUUUUUAUUUAUUUUUAAUAUAUUCCCUUAUUUUUAUGAGUUUAAGAGCAAAUGUUUAAUUUUUGUUUUCUAAGACAAAAGUACAAACUCUUUGUGAUGAAUUUAGUUUCCUAAACCUAAAGCAGCCAUUUUUAGUACAUUGUUGCAACACUAAAUUAAGGAAAAGUGUGUUUUCUCUGGUUUAAUCAGACUCAGUCAGAAAUGAAACGUGUGAAUGUGUUUUAUGACGGUUUACAUGUUCUCCUUUCAAGUUCAAGCUCCGAGUUCUUCUUUUUUAGAAGACAUCAGGAUGUUUUUCAUUGUGAGCCUUUCUACAUGAACACACCAUCUCUGGAUUUUAAUGUCUUAUGUGUGUUUUACUGAAAAAAAAAAUCAACAAUGAAGAAGAGAAGUUGUGUUGGAGCAGAACGCUGAUGUGGUAAACGUCUUUGUCUUGCAGAGUUCAUUCUGCAUGGAGGUAACACAAGUUGCACACAAGCAUAUUAAAUAAUACACAUUACUUAUUUUUUCUAACACAAAACAGACGCGUAGAAUUUAGUGCAGGACUAUUUAUUGGCAGUGAGCAUUCCCCCAUGCAUAACAUUGCAUUUGAUGUGAGGUUAAUUUAUGUCUUAUAAUGGGCUGUGUCAUCCAUGUUGCUGCUCCUGAAUAAAUCAGCUGUUUGUUCAUUUUCCGGUUUUAAACCGUACUAAAUGUCUGUUAAUCUGGUGUUAAAAGUGAACAGAGGGCACUGAGAUCACACAGAAAAGUAAAAAUGCUGCAAAACCCAACAUUUUUCGAAAGAACAUAUUAUUUCCUCCUGGUUUUAAUGCAGAGAUGCUAAAACACACGUCCUUUUGCUAAAUGUGAACAAGGUUUUGAUUGAAACUUGAAAGAGUUUAUUUAAAUUGAAUGAAUAAAACUACAAUCACAGUUGUGAGUCUGAAAUAAAAUCUUGCGACAGUAGAAUCCAUGUACAUCUUUCCACCAUAAACAGUAUUUUCUUGAAUAAAUAGUGUUUUGCAGUAUUUCUAAUGAUGUUGUAAUUAUCCACUUUCGACGUGAGGCAGUCAGAUAAUCCAUACAGCUUCUGUUCCGUUUUAUUUCUGGUAUGUUCUUUAUCUUUUCUCUGUUUUCUCUUCAAACAUUCCUUCUAUGUGAAAAAAUAGCUCAACUUUUUCAUGUUGUAGCCGUUUUUAUGUUUUCAAACAAGUGAAAUUCAUUAAAAAUAAAACUUAAAAAUGUG